UGUGAAGGAAAGGGCCGUGUUAGUGGUCAUACUUGAGGAAUUGUUUGUUGUUUGGAUAAUCUUAAGAAGAAGAUGUAGGCAAUUUUCGAGUCCUCUUCGAAAACCCUCACCAACUAAGUCUUUUUCGGCCCAUGCCAACCUUUUUUAACAAACUUUCUUCAUGGUGCCUCUUCUUUUGGUUCUUCACCGUAGCCGAUUCCACCUGAAACAACAGCAACUACAAAUACUGGGUGCAUCGCUAAAUGGUCCCUUGCUCAUUCACCAGCAGUCACUCUUCACCCUCAGACAUUUCUGUUUCACUCACAAUGAUUUUCAAGGCUCUCCGUCAGACCACAGUUUAUCUUCUUCUUCGCCAACCCACUCAGUUGUCCGAACAGUAUGUGCUUUGGUCUGUCAAUCUUAUUAUCAUCAACAUACCCAUUUCAGAUCAAGACCUCCCAAGCUGAACCUUUCGAUUGAUUCUGAGCUUUUGAGCCCAGAGCAGGCCAUCACAGUUGUUGCUUCACUUGCCAGUGAAGCGGGUUCGAUGGUGGCUUUGAGUUUCUUUUAUUGGGCAAUUGAGUAUGUCAAAUUCAGGCAUUUUAUGCGGUUAUAUAUAGUUUUGGCCAAGUCCUUGAUUCAGAAUGGGAAUUUAGAAAAAGCCCAUGAACUAAUGCAGUGUAUGGUGAAGAACUUCGCUGAGAUUGGAAAGUUGAGUGAGGCUGUGAAUAUGGUUAUUGCAAUGCAAAGCCAAGGCUUGUUUCCAAGCACUUGGACUUUCAACUGUAUUCUCAGGGUGGCUACCGAAAUGGGUUUGGUUGAACUUGCAGAGAGUGUGUUUGAUGAAAUGUGUGAAAGAGGAGUAUGUCCCGAUUCUUUCAGUUUUAAAUUAAUGAUUGUUGGUUUUUGUAGAAUGGGCAGAGUUUCGGAGGUGAAUAGAUGGUUGAGCUCAAUGUUGGAAGGAGGCUUUCUUGUUGACAAUGCAACAUGUACUUUGAUCAUUAGUGUGCUUUGUGAAAAAAGAUGUGAGAAUAGAGCAUUAUGGCUUUUAAACAAGAUGAUGGAGAUGGGUUUCACACCAAAUGUGAUAAAUUUCACCUGCUUGAUAAACGGGUUGUGCAGGAGGGGUAGCAUCAAACAGGCAUUUGAAUUCUUGGAAGAAAUGGUUAAGAAAGGUUGGAAACCGAAUGUGUAUACUCAUACAGCAUUGAUUGAUGGUCUUUGUAAGAAGGGAUGGACUGAAAAGGCAUUUAGACUUUUCCUUAAACUCGUUAGGAGUGAUGCUUACAAACCAAAUGUGCAUACGUACACUGCCAUGAUCACUGGUUACUGCAAAGAAGAAAAAUUGAAUCGAGCAGAGAUGUUGUUGACCAGAAUGCAUGAACAGGAAUUGGUUCCUAAUGCCAACACCUACACUAUGCUCAUUGAUGGCCAUUGUAAAGUGGGGAACUUCAAUCGUGCGUUUGAAUUGAUGGAUACCAUGAGUAAAGAAGGUUUUACACCCAAUAUUUGUACAUUGAAUGCAAUUAUUGAUGGUCUCACUAAGAAGGGAAGGGCUCAAGAGGCUUAUAAGCUGCUCAAAUGGGGCUUGAAAGGUGGGCUGUAUGCUGAUGGAGUUACAUAUACCAUUCUCAUAUCAGAGAGCUGCAAACAAGAGGAUACUAGGCAAGCUUUGGGUUUUUUCAAUAAGAUGGUCAAACUUGGCAUGACACCUGAUAUAUAUUCGUAUACCACCUUGAUUGCCGCCUUUUGUCGGCAGAAAAGGAUCAAAGAAAGCGAGAGGAUUUUUAAUGACACCGUCAGGAUUGGAUUGGUUCCAACCAGGGAAACGUAUACGUCCAUGAUAUGUGGGUACUGUAGAGAUGGAAAUGCCAGCAUGGCUGUGAAGUUUUUCCAGAGGAUGAGCGAACAGGGUUGUGCACCUGAUAGUCUUACAUAUGGUGCCCUGAUAAGUGGACUUUGCAAAGAGUCCAAGUUGGAUGAUGCUAGAGCACUCUAUGAUACCAUGAUGGACAAGGGACUUUCCCCAUGUGAAGUCACUCGGCUGACAAUUGCUUAUGAGUAUUGCAAGAAGGAUGAACCAUCGACCGCCAUGGUUGUCUUGGACAGAUUAGACAAAAAGCUAUGGAUCCGAACAGUUAAUAGCUUAAUCAGAAAGCUUUGUAGUGAGAGUGAAGUGGACAUGGCAGCAUUAUUUUUACAUAAAUUGUUAGAUGAAGACCAGAAUUUGGAUCGUGUGAUUCUUGAAGCAUUCUUGACUGCAUGUUAUGAUAACAAGAAGUAUGCGCUUGUUUCUGAUAUGUCUGAGAGGAUUUCCAAAGGAAUUGGAUAGCUACCUCAGUAAACCACGAGGGAGAUUCCACUCGCUUUGACCAUUUGAUAUGCUGAAGCCCCAAAUGGUUUCAGUCUUCGAAUUCAUUUCCAGAUUAAUAGACAUGAUUUUGUUCAUCUUGCAGUCUACAGAUAUUUCUCUGGAUAGUUUCUGGUUCUGGGGAUCUACUUGAGCACUAUGCCAGUGUUUCUCUAAUAUACUUAUGGUGGCUCUUCGGCAGUGGGUUGUAAUUUGUGACUGGCAUAUUAUAAACACUGAGCACAUGAUGAUUUGGUUUCCUCCUUAAGACUAAAUCAUUUAUUCUGGUUGCUUUGAAAAAAUGUGCAGAAUUGA